GCAGGGCUCUGCCAGCCUUUGCGCUUGCGCAGCCGUACGGGUACGCCGCUCAGGAUGGCCCGGACUAUGGAACCACUGGCAAAGAAGAUCUUUAAAGGAGUUUUAGUGGCUGAACUUGUGGGCAUUUUUGGAGCAUAUUUUUUGUAAAAGAUGAACACAAGCCAAGAUUUCAGGCAAACAAUGAGCAAGAAGUUUCCCUUCAUCUUGGAAGUUUAUUACAAAUCCAUUGAACAGUCCGGGAUGUACGGAAUCAGAGAGCAAGAUCAAGAAAAAUGGCUCUGAACAGCAAAAAUUAGUAAGUAG